AUGUUACAUCAAUUAGCAAAUUCCUUGGUGAGAGAACCGGUAGAUGAAGUCCAGCUGGCAGAAGCUGAACAGGCAAAGAAGAGCGGAGGAAUGGACGAUGAUAAUAGCAGUUAUGAUAAUGGAACCGAUUUUGCUCACACAACGUACGUAAUACUUUCGGAUUCGACUUGGCACUAUGAAUCAAGGACUACAUAA